AUGAAGAAGUUAUCUCCGACUCGUUCGCCCGCCCUCAGCGAUCUUCUUAAAGAAACUGUGGGAUCAAAGUUAAGUGACAGAAAAGGAGACUACGCCGACUUCGAAUUUAAGACAGUACCUAAAAUGACGAUGAGAUUAUCAAGGAACCGAUACUCUCAUGACUUAUCUCGAAAAAACCGUUUGUCUGAAGCAACUAAGGUGCUGCUACAGAUACUACACGAACAAGAACGAUCAACAAUACAAGAAUACACUUUAAACAGUGUCACUUUUAAAGUAUUUGUCGUAGAGGAUACAGAUCUCUAACAUUCUGACCUAGGCGAUGUGGAUUCACAUGAUUCGAUGACGCUUCGAAACGUUUCUCUUUGGCGAAUAAUGGUGGUUGUGUAGUUUAUGCAAUCAUCUGAAUUUCGUGGCUAGAAGAACCAGUACUAAUAGGAUUUGUGCAAAACUCUCACAAAAUGUUAAUCGUAUCAGCUUGGACUUAAUUGUGCACGAACUUUUACCUCAAUGCCGUGUACUUGAACAAGACGAAUCUCUGGAUAUAUAUACUUUCUCAAUCAUUAUUGAUUAACAUCACUGAAUGUGUAUUACACAAACACCUCUCAGAGGAGAACAAUUUUGGAUUGAUUGUGUCACGAGUGUGGAUAUUCCUGCAAAAUUUAACUUGUGGUAAAUCGAUAUAAACCUAUUAAUGCGAGGAAAGGAUUGAAUUUUCUAUGAAUAACAAAGCCUCCACUAAUCCAUUCUUGUUACGCGAACAGAGGUCCAAGGUGGGAUUAUGUUCUGUAGAGAACUGCUUUAAACCAUCAUUUUUUUUUCAAGGAUAAUGCAUUAAGUUUACUGUAUGUAGUUAAUAUCGUUAAAUAUUGCAUUAAUUACAGUAAGCCAACCGAUUGGCGUCAUAAUCUUAAAACCAGUUCAAGAAAAUAUCUUAAGACAUUAUAGAAUUGAAUUUGUCCAAAAAUGUAUUGCCACAUGAUGUGUACAGCAAUAAAGUUGUCAUGAAAAAUGCUUACAUGGGUAGCAAUGAUAUGAGUUGCAAGCUCAGUUUUACAUCGCUAAAAAUUACUUUUUCAAGGACAGAGGGAAUUUGUGGUAGAAGCCGUUUUCAAGCAAGCCAUUCAUGCAUUCAUUAUUAAAACGUGACGAAUGAGAGCACUGCAAAUUCACAGUUUUAAUCAUAAGCUAGGUAUCACAUUGACACAAUAAUACAACAUGCUUCAGUAAAGCCGGACUUGAUCAGAAAACCCAAAGACUUUAAAAUUUUGUCACGUACUAGAGCUACCAUUAUACUUUGUGAGGGAUGAGUAUGACGCGGAAUACAUGUGGGAGUCUGGGUAACACAAUUAGAGCAACUAUCUGCUGCAUUUUUUUUCAAUUCAGUAUACAAUACACAGUGGUUGA